ACUGAGAGCCGAGCACGCACCCCUGGCCGCCACCAUGGCCCGCCUGGCCGCUGCGCUCUGGAGUCUCUGUGUCACAGCCAUCCUCGUCACCUCAGCCACCCAAGGCCUGAGCCGGGCUGGGCUCCCAUUUGGGCUGAUGCGCCGGGAGCUGGCAUGUGAAGGCUACCCCAUCGAGCUGCGGUGCCCGGGCAGCGACGUCAUCAUGGUGGAGAACGCCAACUAUGGGCGCACAGACGACAAGAUCUGCGACGCCGACCCUUUCCAGAUGGAGAACGUGCAGUGUUACCUGCCGGACGCCUUCAAGAUCAUGUCCCAGAGGUGUAACAACCGCACCCAGUGUGUGGUGGUCGCUGGCUCCGACGCCUUUCCGGACCCCUGCCCCGGGACCUACAAGUACCUGGAGGUGCAGUACGACUGUGUCCCCUACAAAGUGGAGCAGAAAGUCUUCGUGUGCCCAGGGACCCUGCAGAAGGUUCUGGAGCCCACCUCAACCCACGAGUCGGAGCACCAGUCUGGCGCAUGGUGCAAGGACCCACUGCAGGCGGGUGACCGCAUCUAUGUCAUGCCGUGGAUCCCUUACCGCACGGACACGCUGACCGAGUACGCCUCGUGGGAGGACUACGUGGCGGCACGUCACACCACCACCUAUCGCCUGCCCAACCGCGUAGACGGCACGGGCUUCGUGGUCUACGACGGCGCCGUCUUCUACAACAAGGAGCGCACGCGCAACAUCGUCAAGUACGACCUGCGCACGCGCAUCAAGAGCGGGGAGACGGUCAUCAACACGGCCAAUUACCACGACACCUCGCCCUACCGCUGGGGGGGCAAGACCGACAUUGACCUGGCGGUGGACGAGAACGGGCUGUGGGUCAUCUACGCCACUGAGGGCAACAACGGGCGGCUGGUGGUGAGCCAGCUCAACCCCUACACGCUGCGCUUCGAGGGCACGUGGGAGACGGGCUACGACAAGCGCUCCGCGUCCAACGCCUUCAUGGUGUGCGGCGUCCUGUACGUGCUGCGCUCGGUGUACGUGGACGACGACAGCGAGGCGGCCGGCAACCGCGUGGACUACGCCUUCAACACCAACGCCAACCGUGAGGAGCCCGUGAGCCUGGCCUUUCCCAACCCCUACCAGUUCGUCUCCUCUGUCGACUAUAACCCUCGCGACAACCAGCUGUAUGUCUGGAACAACUACUUUGUAGUGCGCUACAGCCUGGAGUUCGGGCCACCCGACCCUAGUGCGGGCCCAGCCACUUCCCCACCCCUCAGCACAACCACCACAGCCCGGCCCACACCCCUGACCAGCACGGCCUCGCCCGCAGCCACCACCCCACUCCGCCGGGCACCCCUCACCACACACCCUGUGGGUGCCAUCAACCAGCUGGGACCUGACCUACCUCCAGCCACCGCCCCGGCCCCCAGCACCCGGCGGCCCCCCGCCCCCAAUCUGCACGUGUCCCCAGAGCUCUUCUGUGAACCUCGAGAGGUGCGGCGGGUCCAGUGGCCGGCCACCCAGCAGGGCAUGCUGGUGGAGAGGCCCUGCCCCAAGGGGACUCGAGGAAUUGCCUCCUUCCAGUGUCUACCAGCCCUGGGGCUCUGGAAUCCCCGGGGCCCUGACCUCAGCAACUGCACCUCCCCCUGGGUCAACCAGGUGGCCCAGAAGAUCAAGAGCGGGGAGAACGCGGCCAACAUUGCCAGUGAGCUGGCCCGCCACACCCGGGGCUCCAUCUACGCGGGUGACGUGUCCUCCUCUGUGAAGCUGAUGGAGCAACUGCUGGACAUUCUGGAUGCCCAGCUGCAGGCACUGCGGCCCAUUGAGCGCGAGUCGGCCGGCAAGAACUAUAACAAGAUGCACAAGCGGGAGAGAACUUGCAAGGACUACAUCAAGGCUGUGGUGGAGACGGUGGACAACCUCCUGCGGCCAGAGGCCCUCGAGUCCUGGAAGGACAUGAACGCCACCGAGCAGGUGCACACGGCCACCAUGCUGCUGGACGUCCUGGAGGAGGGUGCCUUCCUGCUGGCGGACAACGUCAGGGAGCCGGCCCGCUUCCUGGCCGCCAAGCAGAACGUGGUCCUCGAGGUCACAGUCCUGAACACUGAGGGCCAAGUGCAGGAGCUGGUGUUCCCCCAGGAGUACCCGAGCGAGAACUCAAUCCAGCUGUCUGCCAACACCAUCAAGCAGAACAGCCGCAACGGAGUGGUCAAGGUUGUCUUCAUUCUCUACAACAACCUGGGCCUCUUCCUGUCCACUGAGAACGCCACGGUGAAGCUGGCAGGCGAAGCAGGCUCGGGGGGCCCAGGGGGCGCCUCCCUGGUGGUGAACUCGCAGGUCAUCGCGGCGUCCAUCAACAAGGAGUCCAGCCGAGUCUUCCUCAUGGACCCUGUCAUCUUCACUGUGGCCCACCUGGAGGCCAAGAACCACUUCAACGCUAACUGCUCCUUCUGGAACUACUCAGAGCGCUCCAUGCUGGGCUACUGGUCAACCCAGGGCUGCCGCUUGGUGGAGUCCAACAAGACCCAUACCACGUGUGCCUGCAGCCACCUCACCAACUUUGCUGUGCUCAUGGCGCACCGCGAGAUCUACCAGGGCCGCAUCAAUGAGCUGCUGCUGUCGGUCAUCACUUGGGUGGGCAUCGUCAUCUCCCUGGUCUGCCUGGCCAUCUGCAUCUCCACCUUCUGCUUCCUGCGGGGACUGCAGACCGACCGGAACACCAUCCACAAGAACCUCUGCAUCAACCUCUUCCUGGCAGAGCUGCUGUUCCUCGUUGGGAUAGACAAGACUCAGUAUGAGAUCGCCUGCCCCAUCUUCGCGGGCCUGCUGCACUACUUCUUCCUGGCUGCCUUCUCCUGGCUGUGCCUAGAGGGUGUGCACCUCUACCUGCUGCUGGUGGAGGUGUUUGAGAGCGAGUACUCCCGCACCAAGUACUACUACCUGGGCGGGUACUGCUUCCCUGCCCUGGUGGUGGGCAUCGCGGCCGCCAUCGACUACCGCAGCUACGGCACCGAGAAGGCUUGUUGGCUCCGAGUGGACAAUUACUUCAUCUGGAGCUUCAUUGGGCCCGUCUCCUUUGUCAUUGUGGUGAACCUGGUGUUCCUCAUGGUGACUCUGCACAAGAUGGUCCGGAGCUCGUCCGUGCUCAAGCCUGACUCCAGUCGCCUCGACAACAUUAAAUCUUGGGCCUUGGGGGCCAUUGCGCUGCUCUUCCUGCUGGGCCUCACGUGGGCUUUCGGCCUCCUCUUCAUCAACAAGGAAUCGGUGGUCAUGGCCUAUCUCUUCACCACCUUCAAUGCCUUCCAGGGGGUCUUCAUCUUCGUCUUUCACUGCGCCUUACAGAAGAAGGUGCAUAAGGAGUACAGCAAGUGCCUGCGUCACUCCUACUGCUGCAUCCGCUCCCCGCCCGGGGGCGCGCACGGCUCACUCAAGACCUCAGCGAUGCGGAGCAACACCCGCUACUACACAGGGACCCAGGUACGCAGGCAGGGCCGGCGCCCUGGGGCUGAGGGCCGACCCGAGGGGGCAGGGCAGUUCUCCGCCCGGGUCCCUGGUGGUGCCCAUCAGGCCCGGGGAGGGCGGGUGGCCCGAGGGCCCCUCACGUCUGGGUUACGUCCCCAGAGCCGAAUCCGGAGGAUGUGGAAUGACACCGUGAGAAAGCAGACAGAAUCCUCCUUCAUGGCAGGCGACAUCAACAGCACCCCUACCCUGAACCGAGGUACCAUGGGGAACCAUCUGCUGACCAACCCUGUGCUGCAGCCCCGUGGGGGCACCAGCCCCUACAACACCCUCAUUGCCGAGUCGGUGGGCUUCAACCCCUCCUCGCCCCCAGUCUUCAACUCCCCAGGGAGCUACCGGGAGCCCAAACACCCCCUGGGGGGCCGGGAAGCCUGCGGCAUGGACACGCUGCCCCUCAAUGGAAACUUCAACAACAGCUACUCCUUGCGAAGCGGGGAUUUCCCCCCAGGGGACGGGGCCCCUGAGCCCCCUCGAGGCCGGAACCUGGCCGACGCCGCUGCCUUCGAGAAGAUGAUCAUCUCGGAGCUGGUGCACAACAACCUGCGGGGGGGCAGCGGUGGGGCCAAGGGCCCCCCACCACCGGAGCCGCCUGUGCCGCCAGUGCCGGGGGGCAGCGGGGAGGAAGAGGCCGGCGGGCCCGGGGGCGCUGACCGGGCCGAGAUCGAACUUCUCUACAAGGCCCUGGAGGAGCCACUGCUGCUGCCCCGGGCCCAGUCGGUGCUGUACCAGAGCGAUCUGGACGAGUCGGAGAGCUGCACGGCGGAGGACGGAGCCACCAGCCGGCCCCUCUCCUCGCCUCCAGGCCGGGACUCCCUCUACGCCAGCGGGGCCAACCUGCGGGACUCGCCCUCCUACCCGGACAGCAGCCCCGAGGGGCCCAGCGAGGCCCUGCCCCCACCCCCACCCGCACCCCCUGGCCCCCCUGAAAUCUACUACACCUCGCGCCCGCCGGCCCUGGUGGCCCGGAAUCCCCUGCAGGGCUACUACCAGGUGCGGCGGCCCAGCCACGAGGGCUACCUGGCGGCCCCGGGCCUUGAGGGGCCAGGGCCCGACGGGGACGGGCAGAUGCAGCUGGUUACCAGUCUCUGAGGGACCUCACGGACCGGGGGCUGGUGGCCCGGGCCAGGGAGGGGCCCCUGGGUGGGGCUCUGGUGGGAGCGGGAGACAGAUGGAGACAGUGGCCGACGGGCCACUCUCUCCAGGCGCCCCUUGGCCGUGGGCCCUCCAGGCCCCUUGGGGGCUCCGCUGUGGGGGCCCGAGGUGCAGGGUUCACAGACAGGGUUUCCCACCAGCCAUGUGCACCAGCUCAAUUCGGGGGAAGUGCAGUGAGGAGCCAAGAGGUCCCCAGGGGAGUGAGGAAGGAGACAUUGGAAGGGUGCAGCCCACCCUUGACUUCCCCUGCCCCCCUACCCUUCCUGCUCCCUGGAGGGAAAUGAGGGUUCUGCUUGCCCUGGGCCAAAGGCCCUGCUGGAUGAAGCCUGGCAGCUGCUCCUCUCUUUGCAGCCGGAAGUGCUGCCGGCUGCACCCAGAUGGAGCACUGGGCACAGGACAGAUGGACAGGUUCCUCUGCACUCCAGUUCCCUGCUCCUCCUCAGAGACUGGGGCCUCUGGCCUGGGAGAGAGCCCUCAGGGGGAGAAAGCCCCAGGGCAAGAGGAAUGGGCAGUUGUGGUUGGUGGUUUACAGGUGGAACUUUCUCUGAAGCUCCUUCUCUCUGCUCUUCGUCCCCGCUUUCCCGGCAAGCCUGCCCCCUCAGCCCUCCCUGAGUGCACCCAAUGACCCCCUCCCUUGGGGCGACUCCUGAUGAAGCACAACUCCCCGCAGGGCCCCAAGCCCACAGGGGUGGCCAUAUUUGAGCAGUUCCCAGUCCUGUGGGCUCGGCUAUCUGGGGAGCAGAUUUUGGGUCUGGAGCUCUCUGGGGAGUGGGUCCUGGGCUUGGAUCUUUCCCUAGGGGGCCCUCUUACCCCCCCCUUCUUUUUCCCCCUUUGUUUUAAUUUUUUCAUUGAAUUGGAAAGGAAAAAAAAAAAAAAAGACAAAGAAAGAAAGAAAAUCUCAUCACUUGAAGCCACCGGGAGCCUGCGGCCAGGCCAGCCCGGGAUUUCUCCGGAGCAGAGCUGCGCCGCUGGGCCCUGGCAGCCAGGACUUCUCCAUGUACGUGUGCAUCCCCCAGCCGGGGUGGGCGGGCCACCAGAGCAGCUUUUUACAAUCCAGAGACAAACAAUCUAGAAGCAACAUCGAAACAAAGAACCCGUUACCUUCCCCUGGCACCUGGUUCUGUCGCCUCUCCCCGUUCCCCUUCUCCCUGGCAUCAGUCAGCCCUCCUGGGGCGUGUACCUCACUGCCUGCCCCAGGGCUCGGCCCGUCUCCCCCGCCCAUCCCUGUGGCCUGGGGAGGCACCCUCAUGCCCAAAGAUGCUUCUGCCGAGAUGGCUGCGCUGUCCCUUUUGAGUUCCUGCUUCUUGUAUAUUGCUUCUGGGACUCUGGGCCUGGGAAGAAGGGGCUGAUUUCCUGCCUAGAGAAGUUGACAGGGGAAGGAAAAUGAGGGCAGCAGUGUUUGCUGGGGGCGGGUAGGACUGAGAAGGACUGGGAGUGGUGAGGUGGUCGUCUCUCACGGGGUGGGGAGGCCAAAGCUGAGAGAUCGCCUUGCCUGCCCCCACCCUCCCGCAGGAGAGGCAAGCCAGGUACUAGGGUCCGGCUGCGGUGUCUCCUGAGGACCUCUCCCUGCCCCCUCUCCAGUCUGUCUCCCUGGCCUUCCCAGCAACCCCCCCCACCUCUUUGGGGGUAGCAUAGUCCCAUUGCCAUAGCCCAGCCCUGUCAUUGCCAUUUCCCCAGGGGUAGCCCUCCACCUUUGCUCUGACCCCUCAUCUCUUUUGUCCCUCUUUUCUCACAAGUGCCAUGAGUUUUCAAACAUCUUUGGGUCUCAGCCUGCUGCUGCCAUGAACUUCUUUGGGUUCAGGGGGAGGGACUCUAGGGAGGAACUGGGGAAAAGGGGCAGAGAGGUGGCUGGAGGGACCCUUUUUGCUGCUAGAAAGCCCCUCCCUUCUCCUGAGGAGCUAGGGCUGGCUGGCCCCCAUCAGUUAGGGGAGAAGGGGCCAGACCAAAGAAGGUGGUCUGUCCCAUGCCAGGGGACAGGUGUGGGGAGAAGGUAAGGCUGGGUUCCAUCUGUUUUCUGGGAGGGUUGACCCCUUUCACCAGACUAUGGGCAGGUCUGAACGGGGGAGGGGAAGGAUGGGAACGGUCUUGCCCCGGUGGCUCCGUGAGGAAGGUAUGGGGCUGCUCCAUGGCUUUCCUUGACUUCAUUAGCCCAGAACUCCUCUCUGGGGACUAGAGAGCUGCUGGGAGACAAGGGUAGGUGGAAGGGUGGGCCUGGCCCAAGCAUUGGCCAGGCUAGAGAGUCAGACUGCCUCUGGCAUCAGCAGAGAGGUCUGGAAGAGGUGGGGGGCUGGGGGGAGAGGUCCCAGGGGACUGGAGGCAAGCAAGGCGUCCCGCUUCCUCUCCCCUGCCCAGUCCCCCGUUUAUCUCUCCAGACUCUGACAAUCAAGGGGAGAGAGGGUGCAGCAGGUCCCGGGGUUCCCGUUCCAGCCAGAAUCCCCAAGGUGGGUUCCCAGGCCUCAGAGCUGUGUGGCAGGGCCCUCUGGUCGGUAGGUCUGGACACACUGCAGCCCAGCACGAGGCUACCAUGAGCGCCCAGGUGUCCCCCCACCCCUGCCAGACCUGGUGCCUUGAUGCCCCCACCCCAGCUGGGACAGUAUAGAGGAGGAAGGGUCUUGGUUUCCUCUCCUACUCCCUUCCUUGGGCUCCUGAAUUCAUUUGCUUUGAAAUUUUGUUAAUUAUUUUUCUCCGGGUUUGGUGUUUGGGGUUUUUUUUGGGGGGGGGGCGGGUUUGGUUUUCUUUGCCUUCCUUUCUCAGUGUCUCCACCUCUUCCCCUGUGUCUUUCUCACUGUCUCUGUGUUCCUCUUCUCUCACCCUCAGUUUCUCUCUGUCCAUUCGGGCCUCCUCCCCUCUUCUCCCAUGACCCCAGUCCCUCCUGGUCUCCUUUUCGAUAUGCCAAACCAAUUUUGGGUCGAGUGCAUUUAACGAGAACAAAACAAAAGGCUCAUAACAACAAGAACGUUUCAGAAAAAAACAAAAAGUUAAAAAAAAAUUGUUGAGUCAAAAAUCAAUAAAGAAAUUAAGAUUUCUUGGAA